AAAGUGAGUGUAGCAGUAGGGAGUUUCUGCAGGGGUCAGGAGGACUGUGAUCAGACGCUCGGAGAGACCCUGCCCCAAAACACCACUGUAUGACUGGAGUGUAGCAGGAAGAGAGAAAAUAACCUCCCUGACUUUUUGUUUUUCCUCUCUCGCCUCAAAGAGUCUACAUGUCUAGAGGCAUCUAAACAUGUUCAGCUUUGUGGAUUUGCGGCUGGCGCUGCUGCUCGGCGCAGCGGUGCUCUUGGUUAGAGCGCAGGGCGAGGACGACCGCACAGGCGGCAGCUGCACCCUGGACGGCCAGGUGUUUGCCGACCGAGACGUGUGGAAGCCCGAGCCAUGCCAGAUCUGUGUGUGCGACAGCGGCACCGUGAUGUGCGAUGAGGUCAUCUGCGAGGACACGACCGACUGCCCCAACCCCAUCAUCCCCCACGAUGAGUGCUGCCCCAUCUGCCCCGACGAUGGCUUCCAGGAGCCUCAGGUUGAGGGACCCAAAGGAGAGCGUGGACCCAAGGGAGACAGGGGUCCUGUUGGUGCCCCAGGUAAUGAUGGUAUCCCCGGCCUGCCUGGAAUGCCUGGACCUCCCGGCCCCCCUGGACCCCCCGGCCUCGGUGGAAACUUCUCCCCUCAGAUGUCUGGUGGCUACGAGGAUAAAUCUCCUGCCAUGGCUGUGCCUGGACCAAUGGGCCCAAUGGGACCCCGUGGACCCCCUGGACCUCCUGGUUCUAGCGGACCUCAAGGAUUCACCGGCCCCCCUGGUGAGCCUGGAGAGGCUGGAGCUGCUGGCGCCAUGGGUCCCCGUGGCCCCGCCGGACCCCCUGGAAAGAACGGAGAGGAUGGUGAGUCUGGCAAACCUGGUCGCGGCGGUGAGCGCGGACCCUCUGGCCCACAGGGAGCUCGUGGUUUCCCAGGAACCCCUGGUCUGCCCGGCAUCAAGGGACACAGAGGAUUCAGCGGUCUGGAUGGAGCUAAGGGAGACACUGGCCCCUCUGGUCCUAAGGGAGAGGCUGGAGCCCCCGGUGAGAACGGAACUCCUGGAGCCAUGGGACCCCGUGGUUUGCCUGGUGAGAGAGGCCGCACUGGUGCUUCUGGAGCUGCUGGCGCUCGUGGUAAUGAUGGUGCUGCCGGUGCUGCUGGACCUCCGGGUCCCACUGGCCCCGCUGGACCUCCUGGAUUCCCCGGCGGCCCUGGAUCCAAGGGUGAAGCUGGACCCCAGGGUGCACGUGGAUCUGAGGGACCCGCUGGAUCCCGUGGUGAGCCUGGUAACCCCGGACCUGCUGGCCCUGCUGGACCUUCUGGAAACCCUGGAACUGAUGGAGCAGCCGGACCAAAGGGAAAUCCUGGUGCUGCUGGAGUUGCCGGAGCUCCCGGUUUCCCUGGACCCCGUGGACCCCCAGGACCUCAGGGUGCUGCAGGUGCCCCCGGAGCCAAGGGUAACAAUGGUGAUGUUGGUGCCCCAGGAUCCAAGGGAGAAGCCGGUGCCAAGGGAGAGGCUGGUGUUCCAGGAGCUCAAGGACCCCCUGGACCUUCCGGUGAGGAGGGCAAGAGAGGAGCCAGAGGAGAGCCCGGUGCUGCAGGCGCCCGUGGAGGUCCAGGAGAGCGGGGUGCCCCUGGUGGUCGUGGUUUCCCUGGUUCUGAUGGUGCUGCUGGACCCAAAGGUGCCACUGGUGAGCGCGGUGCCCCCGGUCUUGUUGGACCUAAAGGUUCUACCGGUGAGUCUGGUCGCACUGGUGAGCCUGGUUUGCCCGGAUCUAAGGGUAUGACUGGUAGCCCUGGUAGCCCUGGACCUGAUGGCAAGAUGGGACCCGCUGGAGCUGCUGGACAAGAUGGCCGCCCCGGACCCCCUGGCGCUGUUGGAGCUAGAGGCCAGCCUGGAGUCAUGGGAUUCCCUGGACCCAAAGGAGCUGCUGGUGACGCUGGAAAGACUGGCGAGAGAGGAGUGAUGGGACCCACUGGUCCUAAUGGUGCCCCUGGAAAGGACGGUGAUGUUGGUGCUCAAGGCCCCGCUGGACCUGCUGGACCUGCUGGUGAGAGAGGAGAGCAAGGACCAUCCGGAGCUCCUGGAUUCCAGGGACAACCAGGACCCGCAGGUGCUGUUGGCGAGAGUGGCAAGCCCGGAGAGCAGGGUGUGCCCGGUGAGGCUGGAGCCCAAGGACCUGCUGGAGCUAGAGGUGACAGAGGAUUCCCUGGUGAGCGUGGUGCACCCGGUGCUAUUGGACCCGCUGGUGCCCGUGGAUCCCCUGGAGCUGCUGGAAACGAUGGUGCUAAGGGAGAUGCUGGAGCCCCCGGAAAUCCCGGAGCCCAGGGUCCUCCUGGACUGCAGGGAAUGCCUGGUGAGCGUGGUGCUGCUGGCCUUCCAGGACUGAGGGGAGACAGAGGUGACCAAGGAGCCAAGGGUGCUGAUGGAGCUCCUGGUAAGGAUGGCCCCCGUGGUUUGACUGGACCAAUUGGACUUCCCGGGCCUGCUGGAGCCAAUGGAGACAAGGGAGAGGCUGGUGCUCCUGGACCUGUUGGACCUGCCGGAUCUCGCGGAGCCCCUGGUGAGCGCGGAGAGUCUGGACCACCUGGACCUGCUGGAUUCGCCGGACCUCCUGGUGCUGAUGGACAGCCUGGUGCAAAGGGAGAGAGUGGAGAUAAUGGUGCUAAGGGAGAUGCUGGUUCUCCCGGCCCUGCUGGACCCACUGGUGCUCCAGGACCUCAGGGUCCCGUUGGAAACACCGGACCUAAGGGAGCCCGCGGAGCUGCUGGACCACCUGGUGCUACUGGCUUCCCUGGUGCUGCUGGCAGAGUUGGACCUCCCGGCCCCUCUGGCAACGCCGGACCCCCCGGACCCGCUGGACCUGCUGGCAAAGAGGGAGCCAAAGGAAACCGUGGUGACACUGGACCUGCUGGUCGCCCUGGUGAGCUUGGUGCUGCUGGACCUCCAGGACCUGCUGGAGAGAAGGGUAACCCUGGUGCUGAGGGAGCUCCCGGAAGUUCUGGUCUGCCUGGACCUCAGGGUAUCAAUGGACAGCGUGGUAUUGUUGGUCUGCCUGGACAAAGAGGAGAGAGAGGUUUCCCUGGCCAGCCUGGACCUUCUGGAGAGGUUGGAAAGCCUGGACCAUCUGGCCCUGGUGGUGAGCGCGGACCUCCCGGACCCAUGGGACCCUCUGGACUGGCUGGAGCCCCCGGUGAGCCAGGACGUGAGGGAAGCCCCGGAAACGAGGGAUCAGCCGGUCGCGAUGGAGCUGCUGGACCCAAGGGAGACCGUGGAGAGAGCGGUCCUUCUGGAGCCCCUGGUGCCCCUGGACCCUCUGGUGCCCCCGGACCUGUUGGACCCGCUGGAAAGACCGGUGACCGUGGAGACUCUGGAGCUGCUGGCCCCGCUGGCCCUGCUGGCCCUGCUGGACCUCGUGGCCCUGCUGGAGCUCCUGGGCUUCGUGGAGACAAGGGAGAGACCGGAGAGGCUGGAGAGAGAGGCAUGAAGGGACACAGAGGAUUCACUGGCAUGCAGGGACCUCCUGGACCAGCUGGAUCUAACGGAGAGAUGGGACCCGCUGGUGCUGCUGGACCAGCUGGACCUAGAGGCCCUGCUGGAUCUGCUGGAGCUUCUGGUAAGGACGGUAUGACUGGCCUGCCUGGUCCCACUGGACCUUCUGGACCUCGUGGACGUUCUGGAGAAAUGGGACCUGCUGGUCCUCCCGGACCUCCUGGACCUCCCGGUGCACCUGGUGCCCCCGGUGGCGGAUUCGAGCUCGGCUUCAUUUCCCAGCCUCAGGAGAAGGCCCCCGAUCCCUUCCGCUCAUACCGCGCUGACGACGCUAACGUUCUCCGUGACCGCGACCUGGAGGUUGAUGGCACCCUGAAGAGCCUGAGCCAACAGAUCGAGCAGAUCCGCAGCCCCGAUGGAACCCGCAAGAACCCCGCCAGAACCUGCCGGGACCUCAAGAUGUGCCACCCCGACUGGAAGAGCGGCGAGUACUGGAUCGACCCCGACCAGGGCUGCACACAGGACGCCAUCAAGGUCCACUGCAACAUGGAGACAGGAGAGACCUGCGUAUCCCCAACUCAGCGCGUGGUCGCCCAGAAGAACUGGUACAUGAGCAAGAACAUCAAGGAGAAGAAGCACGUCUGGUUUGGAGAGGCUAUGACCGAUGGCUUCCAGUUUGAGUACGGCAAUGAGGGCUCUGCCCCAGAGGACGUCAACAUCCAGCUGACCUUCCUGCGUCUUAUGUCCACUGAGGCAACCCAGAACCUCACCUACCACUGCAAGAACAGCGUUGCUUACAUGGACGCCUCCGCCGGCAACCUCAAGAAGGCCCUGCUCCUCCAGGGCUCCAACGAGAUCGAGAUCAGAGCCGAGGGCAACAGCCGCUUCACCUACAGCGUCCUGGAAGACGGAUGCACGUCACACACCGGCACAUGGGGAAAGACAGUCAUCGACUACAAGACAUCGAAAACAUCUCGCCUGCCAAUCAUUGACAUCGCUCCUAUGGACGUUGGUGCUCCAGACCAAGAGUUUGGCCUUGAAAUUGGACCUGUCUGCUUCUUGUAAAAAGAGAAAUCUGGACUUGAAAUUGUUGUUGUGCGUGUGUGUGUGUGGUUUAUGUUUUCUAGCAGUCAUCUCUCUCUAAAAGAAACCCCACCAAAACAUUUCUCUAUUGCCAUUUUUCUGAAAUGUCUGACCCCUCGCUCCUGAUUCUACAAAUUUCCAUUCGGCCAUUGUUCCGAUGGUCCACUUUGCCUUAAAAAAAACAACCUGCACUUCAUCAAGAUGGCGGCGAUGCAUCGUCGUGUUUGGGACCACUACUUUUUAUUUUUUCUGACUCUUGUUUUUUUUGUUUAGUUUUUUUUUUACCAUCACCAACACCAAGGAUCCUGUAAAGAAGACAUUUUUGUUUCACUGGCAACAAGAAAAUAAUAUAUGCUUCUGUAAAGUGUAAAAAGAAAAAAAAUUGACUUCCCCUCUUCAACCAGCCAAACCAGGCCUCUCUGGAAACCAACCGAAACACACAAGUGACUUU